GGUUCUGAGGAAACAGAAGUGAAAGUAUGAACUUGCUUCGCCCGGUUUACGCUGGUUUUGACAGAGCAAGGGAGAGCAAACGGAGCCAUGGCGUCUGCUUCUUACACAGAGGAUUUGAAUUGUUCCAUCUGUCUGACAUUCUUCACGGAUCCUGUAGUGCUUCUAUGUGGCCACUCUUUCUGCAGAGAAUGUAUUCAUCGUUCUCUGAGUUCACAGCGCCAGUGUCCACAGUGUCGAGCAGAUGUUCCAGAAACGGGAAGUCUUCCAACCAAUCACAGUUUGAAAAGUCUUGAAAGAGAAGUGGACAAGUUGAGGAGAGAGCAUGAACAUGUCAAAGAGGUUGAUGAAUGGUUGUGCCAUGAACAUGAAGAAAGGCUGAAGCUGUUCUGCGUCACUGAUCAGCAGUUAGUUUGUAUCAUAUGCCGUGACGGAGAGAAGCAUCAAGGGCACAAGUUUACGCCAGUCAAAGAAGCAGCCGCACCUUUGAGGGAGACGUUGGAGGCAUAUAUGCAAGGCAUUGCUGAUGAUAUCAAUGCUACAGAGAGGCUGGCCAACACACAGAGGGAGGAGAUAGCAAAAACCAAAGACAAGGCUCAGCAGCUGACGACCCAGAUCAGCACACAGUUUAAGGAGAUGCACCAGUUUCUAUGGAAGAGAGAAGAUGAGAUCAAAAAUGACCUGAAACUCAAAGAGGAAAAUGCUCUGGAGGAAAUGAGCGACACAUUAAAUACCAUGGAAACUGCUUUGACUGAGAGCAGAGUUCGAGAGGAAAACGUAGCGUGUGUUCUGGAAAUCACAGAUUCAGAGAGGUUCAUAAAGAGCUGGACUGAGAAAAACAGCGAGGUGACUCUGGAACAUUUAUUCAGACCCAGAGCCAAUGAGUUACAAGUGGUUAAUGACUCUCUCUCUUUGGGGCCGUAUGAAAGUCACCUGCAGUUCUUCAUGUGGAAGGAGAUGCUUCAGGUCGUUCAGCCCCGAGCGGAACUUCUGUCACUCAAAAGUGGCAUGGAGAACAUAACAGUGUCUGAUGACGGGAGGAAUUUGAUGUAUAGUCCCAUAAUCAUCAAAGAGCCGCGUUGCGGUAACCAGCCUGUACAGAAUACAAGCUUUUACUACGUUCACUAUCCUGUAGUAAAUGUCUCUUGCAGGGAGGACACCUCAGUACGGGUUGCUUCUGCAUUCAGCUCCAAUGACUUCACCUCAGGGCAGCAUUACUGGGAAUUAGAGGUUGGAGAACGGGACUAUUGGAAAGUAGGAUUAGAAAACUAUUACUUGAGCUAUAAUCAAAACAAUUAUGUCACAUCAGAUCAACACACAGAGUUAACAUUGACAGGAAGACCACAGAAGAUUGGGAUUUACCUAGACUGCCUAUCAAAGAAGCUGUCUUUCUAUGAUGCAGAAAACAUGACUCAUAUUUACACUAUGAGUACGUCUGUGCCCGCGAAAGCAUAUUUUGAAUACAAAUUUAGUCAGGCAGCAGAUCAUAACCCCCUCAGAGUGUGCUGGUUCUAAAGUCUGGGAUCAUGGGGCAACAGGAAAUUCCCAAGCUGCGGCAAAACUUCCCAGAUUGGUUCUUAGCUUUCUCAUCCUUUCGCUGUUUGUGUUGAUUUCUAACAUUAUCCUCCUGAUUACCAAAGAACCCUACAUUUGGGGUAAUGAAGUAAUUUGAAAGACUGUUGCUGAACCACCUGAAGAACACUGCAGGCCCUCUUCUGGACCCCCUGCCAACAGGUUAGUCUUUUACAUGGGACAGCACUACAUCCUGCAUCCCUCCACUCCCCAGGGACUUGAAAUCUGGUCUGAAUUUACCCAGCUGACUGUGCCUGCCUCUUCCUUUCAUUGGAUCAUAAACUUUCGGAGAGUAAGGAAGCUGCAGGUGAUGCUGAGCACCUGGGAAGUCAGCACUGACAUCCUCUCAGGGCUCAUUUCUCUCCCCACUGGUCUUCUCAUGCCACACCGUCUGUUAAAACUCCUGAAAUUUGUAGAUUUCUCAACAGCCAUCGGCCUCUUGAGUCGGUGAUGAGCCUCUGGUGUGGACACGACAAUCUGGAGCUGAUAUGCUUAAAACUGUUGAGAUGACUCAAGAGAAGCAUGAGAUGAUGAUUUCAUUAAGGAGGGAGGAUGAAGUCUCUGAGAGCCAUCAGAAACCCAACUCAGAUGCUGAUUCUAAAUACCAACAAGCACAUCAGACAGGGGAGUUGAUUAUUCUUCGCACUAUUAUUUCUUACAUGGGAUUCUGCUUCCUCAGUUUUGCUCCUUUCUUUUUCAAUUUAUUUACCCUUGCGCUGCCCAUGAUGUUUUAUGUCACCUUACUAAACUGCAUAAUCUAAAAUGAUUUGUUGUUUAACAUGUCUUGGGCAGAAUAUACCAUUAGUGUGGCUGUAUACAAAAGUAGACACUCUGUAACUUACAAUAAUAAUAAUGAUAAAGAAAAGUAAAGAAAAAGCACAAAGUAAAAAUAAAUGAUACUAUAUUGUGUAAUCUACACAGGAUUUAU